CCUCACACCAUCCUGUCAACCAGAGGUUACGCCAGCCGGGAUUACGCUCGCAAAAAUGUGAAUUUGUGCCACUACUACAGCCAGUUGCAGGGUUUGAGGUUGUGCGCGGACAUCUGCUGAAUAUCGCAACUGGCAAACAAAAAACUUGCGCGCCGGAGCAGCUUCUCUGUAUUUUCGAGGUUUUGUUUUGGAGGUUGUUGGACGGGACGGCGGAACAUCGACUGAGGUUCCCGGCGCAUUUGCUCGACCCCCAUCCCAGAGAUGCUGCCCUGCCUGCGGAGAGUCCUCCGGCCCGCCCUCUCUCUGAGAGCCGGCGCUGGGUUGGCAACAGCCGGACUCAGCAACCACCAGACACCCGCCAUAGCAUCCCCGACACGGUUUGCCUCAGAGCCCCCCCUCUUCAUGCUGGUGCAGCGGUGUAACCUGGGCACACACCCGGAGCCCGUGGAGCCGCUCAACUCGCCCCAAGGAGCCAAGGAGUUUAUAUAUAGCCUUCAUCCGUCUGAGCGCACCUGCCUGCUGCGAGAACUGCACAAGUUCGAGUCCAUAGCUAUAGCUCAAGGGCAGCUGAAAAUCGCACCACCUACUGCAGCACAGCUAAGAUACGUUCUGCUGCACAAUGCACUGCCUUUUGUUGGAUUUGGAUUCCUGGACAACUGCAUCAUGAUUGUCGCUGGCACACAGAUUGAGUUAUCCAUCGGUGUGAUCCUUGGCAUUUCAACUAUGGCUGCUGCUGCCCUUGGCAACCUUGUGUCUGACCUGGCAGGACUGGGGCUGGCAGGUUACGUAGAGGCUUUGGCGUCUCGGCUGGGAAUGCAGAUUCCCGACUUAAGCCCAAAACAGGCUGACAUGUGGCAGACCAGAGUCAGCUGUCACUCGGGUAAAGCCCUGGGCGUUGGCAUCGGCUGUCUCCUCGGCAUGUUUCCUCUUCUGUUCUUCAAGGACGAUGAUGAGAAGAAAAAAGGCCAGGCGAAGGAGAAAACACAAGCACCACCUGCUCCAACAGAGAGCAGCAAAAACUGAAACUGUCAACUCGCCGGAGACAAAUACUAUUUUGAAUCCAUUAGAAUACUUUAUACUGGACCCGACUGGCUGUGUCUGGUUACUUUGCAAGGCCCGGUCAAACUAUGAAGGGUAUUCUGAAGAGGAUUUUAGAUAUUAUUUGAUUGUAGACUUUGAACUUAAGCACAGGGACCUGACCGUCUCUUGAAGAGACCAGAGGCAGUUGAUUCUUUGGACUGCUGUUACUCAACUAUUGCACCGUAACCUCACCUUGUUUUGACUGACUGACACAGACGGAAACUCAUUUAUCUCAAACACACCGCAGUGACCUCCUCCUCUCCUCUGCUCCGAAUUUGUUAAAUAUAUAAACCUCUGACUCUAGAUGGUUAGAUGGCAAGUAAGGGUAGAGGCUAAAAGAUCACAACAUACUUUGGAACCAAUACAAGACAAAAAAAAACACUUUAAGAGUUCAUUCAGACGUAAAUCUGCACUGUGUCUUACAUGGCAUUAUGACAUUGAAGGUUUCUUGUAUAUUGUCAGAAAGUCUGAGCAAAGAGGGAGGCCAAUGGCUUGAUUCAGCAGCGUUAAACCAUGAUUUGAAGACCUUGCUGUGUUUCCUUAUCAGUUUUUAAGGAUGAGGAGUCAAGGAAAGAGGGCCCUUUUUGCAUAUAAAGAUGCACCCUUCCACACAAAGUUCUCUAAUUAUUCAGAUAUACAAGCAUGUCUGCCCUUUUUUAUGAUGUCACAGUCUUAAAUGAAGUCAUGCCGGCCUGCCUCAUUCACACUCCAUGGCAAACAACAGCUUUUUUUAGUGAGAAUGCAGGUGGUUAGAUAUGUAACACCUGCUAGCUGCUUCUUCUGCUGGUGGUAAUGAACUUUAUAUGGUAUACUUGUGUGCUUUGUGAUAAUUACCCAAAGCAGCAACAUGCACAACAUGUACUGUAGGAAACCAGACAGAUGCAGUUCAACAAAAUCUAACCUUUUAAAGAAGGGUGUGUUACUUUCAGAAGUUUUGAGCAGGAAGGAGAGAAACACAGAGAGGCAGAGGGAGGGAGAGACAGAGUAGCUAAAGCAGAGAGUAAGAAAUACCAACACUGAACCACCUGAAAUCCUCUGGUUUCAAUAUUAUAUAAUUAAUGUCCUCUAUCGCUGCAUCAACCAAGCUGCAGCUGGACUACAACCCGAGUCUUCCAGUCCAGUUUCUCUUAUGGGGCCAAAUAAGGGCAGCCUGGAAAUACUCACAACUACAGCCCAUUAGAUAGUAGUUUCAGUUUGGCUUAACACUAAAUAAGAUGAUUGUUUCCCUGUUUAUAUUCUGUGAAAAAGAUGUUACUGCUUUUUAAUAUGAAGGCACAACAACAUCAAAGAAAUGUCUAUACCUAUAAAUAUAUUAUUUUGUCUCUGCUCUACAGCCCUCUGCUGGCUGAAAUUCUGAGAUAAGUUUCUUGCAGUUUAGUUUGUAGUUUAGUUCAGUUCCCACCUCAUACUUUUACACAUUUAUACAUUAUAAAUCAUGUGAUUUGUGUUUAGUAUUUGAACCCCUCAACACAAGCUGCUAAGCUUCCCUUGGCUAUAAUUUAUUACUCUGAUUACUGUAUUUUUAAAUGUGUAAAUAAAACAGUAGGUCAGCCAUGAAACAUAUAAGAAGGAUACAUUCAAGAUGACACCACCAAUUAAUCCAAGUCUUAAUUUAGCUGUCCUAAUAUAUUUUUUAAUGAGUUUUGUUUCUCAUCUGCCGGCACAGGUUGGUCGUCCCAUCAGCAGAACUGGAGACUGUUGUUUAUGGCGUUGAAUCUGUUUAGAAGUUGAAAUGGAAAGAUGCAGCCACGAGUCACUGUAUGGAAUGUCUUUGCAGAAGAUGUAUUUAUUUUGUUAUAAUAUUCAGACUUGUAUUCAUGUAUGUUCCUACUGUAAAUUAUCUUUAUCUCAAAGGACAAUGUUAAGAAUGGAAAAAAAGUUUGUCAGCACAAAAAAAUACCUUGCGAGUAUAUUUUCAACAUUCCUCAACAGGAAAGACUGCUCUCUGUUACAGUCCAUAACUAAACAUGCUCUGAAGACUUACCCUGUAUAAGAGUGUUUUAAUUAUUUAUUAUGUGGGUAACAGUGAUCCUUAACAGUAAUAAAAAUGAAGAAAAUGUGCAAAGAGUUGAACAUAUUGAUGUAGUUAGAAUUUUUGAUUUGAUUGCUUGCUUUUCGACUUUGCAUGCACUGCUAAUAAAUAAAAAAAGCCUA